AUGAGCGAAUAUUUGAAAUUAAUAAAUAAUGUUUAUAAUAUAAAUAGAAAAGAUCUUGGUAAAACAAAAAAAAAAGAAUGAAAUGAUGCUGGUUUAUACAAAUGUGUAGCAACGAAUAAUAAUUAUGAUGAAACAACAUGGAUUGGUCAUUUACAUGUUGAAGAUACUCGUUCAAAUGUAAUAUUUCAUUCUGUUGAACGUAAAGAUCUUCCACAAGCACCAUCACAACCAAUAGCUAUUGAUAUAAAUAGCAAUUCAAUAGAAUUAGUUUGGAAUAUACAAACUACAGAUAUUCUUGAUUAUCUUAUAGAAUAUUAUGAUAUUAAUUCAGAUGAAAAUAAUCUUGAAUGGAAACGAAUUUUAACAAAAACUAAAAAUUCUCGACAAAUUAUAAAUAAUUUAAAAUCUGAUACUAUAUAUCAAUUUAUGAUACGUGCAAGAAAUUCAUAUGGUUAUGGUCCACCAUCUAUAUUAUCUGAAUUAAUUGAAACAAAAAUUAAUCAACAAUCAAAUAAUGAAUUUAUUUAUUUAUAUGAUCCAAUUAAUAUUCAAGAAACGAGUGUAACAAUUAAAUGGAAUAUUUUACAAAAAAAUUCUUUAAUUGAUCAAAUUUUAAUUUAUAUAAUUAAUAAAAAAGAAAAAAAUGAACGUAUUGAAGCAAUAACAAAUUCUAUAACAACAUAUACAAUAAAUAAUCUACGAUCGAAUACAGAUUAUUCAAUUUAUUUAGUACCCAUGUUUGAUAUUAUAGGUCAUUCAAGUAAUAAAAUAUCUUUUCGAACAUCAGAAAGUAUUCCAUUAUCAUCACCAAUUAAUGUUAUUGUUCAAUUAAUAUCAACAACAACACUUUCUAUUCGAUGGAAUCCACCAUUAGAAAAUGAAACAAAUGGUCAAAUUAUUGCUUAUAAAGUUAAUUGUUUAGGUACAAAUGAAACAAAUUCAAUACGUUUAACAAAUAUAAGUUCAGAUGCAAAAGGAUUAUAUAUUAAAAAUCUUAUUGAAAAUAUGGAAUAUUGUAUAAGUAUUGCAGCACGUACACGUAUUGGUUAUGGUCCAUAUUCACAACCAAUAUGUGUAAUAACGAAUGCUAAAUUUUUACAACUAAAUCAAAAUCAAUUAAAAUAUCGUUUACGUGAAGUUAUAUCUCAACCUUGGUUUUUACCAGUAAUUAUUUUAUCAAGUAUUAUUUUUACAUGUGCUUGUGUUUAUAUUCUAUGGUUAUGUUUUCAUUAUAUAACACAACAACGUCGACAUCGUAUUAAAUUUAAUAGUUCAUCUUCAUCAUCAAAUCAAUCUGUUGAAUUACCUGUUCAUAAAACCUUAAGUAAUGGAAAACGUUAUGAUUUAAUAAAAGAUAUUUCAACACCAUUACCAUCUUCAUCAACAGCUUUAUGGAUGAAUUCAAUACCAAAUGGUAUUCGUCUUCAAUGUUGUACAACAACAACAACAGCAUCAGCUAGUAGUAAUAGUGAACAUUAUUCAAUGAAUAUACAUAAAAAUCCAAUUAAUGGACUUCUACAUGAAUGUCGACAACAACAACAACAACAACUUAAUCCAUAUGCAACAACAGGUAUAUUUCAACAAUCAACAUCAUCGGCUUCACCAAAUUAUUCAGAAACAGUUCAUUCACAGCCAUCAUCACAUCAUCUGAUAUCCGAUCAACAACAACAACAACAGAUAACAUCAUUAGUAUCACCUACAGUACAAUAUCAACCACCAUGGCUUGAUCAUCAUCCAUCGUCAACAUUACAAUAUCAUUCUCAAUCUCGUACAUCAUUUAAUCAAUAUCAUUGUAUACAUUGUACAUCUCAAUCUCAUCCUCAAACACCAUCAUCAAUACGUCCAACAAUACAAUCAUCUGUAUCUCAUCAUCAAAACAAUAAUCUUCUUAUAAAAACUUCAAAUGUAAAUAUGAAUGAAAUAAUAAAUAAGACAAUCAUGGAUAAAAAUUUACAACAAACAACAAUGAACAGUUCACCAUUAGUAAAACAUCAAUCAAAUUAUGUUCCACAAGUUCAAUCUUCGAAUCCAACAAUGAUUAAUUCAUUAGGUGAAGAAACGAUGACAACAUCAUGGACAAGUUCAAUGGAUGAUAAUAAUCAUGAAAAUAUUUCUUCUUCAUCAAUUGAUAAAUAUAAACAUGAAAAAUCGAUUCAUAAACAGAAUCGUUCGAGUAGUGAAGGUUCGAUAUUUUCUGAUUCGGAUGUUCAACAACAAGACGAAACUAAUGGAUCAACAUUAAUUAAUUUUGAAAGAGGACCAAGUUUUCUCAUACCAAAUGUAUAA